UGGAGAUGACCGAGACGGAACCAACGUGUGAAGCAGGGAAGGAUUUUGAGGUGGCGUCUGUCAAAGCUAAGGAGCUAGGUCGCUAGCAGUCAGUUGAGUACAAGUCAAGAGUCGCAGACGGAGAGACAUCCAGCAAACAGGAACCUGUCUCCACCCUGCUCUGUCUGACUGCACAUUGAACCGGACGGGAGUGGACAUGGCUGCGGCUUCGUGUGGCUUCGUGUCUGAGCUCUCUCUGGCCUGUUAGACACUUGUGCUAACGUUAGCCUGUGUUAGCUGCUGUGUCUCUGCACGGACUGUUGAUUUAAGGGAGCAGCACGCACACACUGAAGAGAUGUUCCUGGUGGGGCUGACUGGAGGUAUUUCCUCGGGGAAAAGCACAGUGUCCUCAAUGCUGCGAGAGCUGGGGUGUCCCAUUAUUGAUGCUGACGUUGUGGCCAGGAAAGUGGUGGAGCCGCACACUCCUGCCUAUUCCCGCAUCGUCUACCACUUCGGGCCAGAGAUCCUUCUCGAGAACGGGGAGAUCGACCGGCAGAAGCUGGGUCAGCUCAUCUUCACCAGCGAGGAGAAGAGGAAGCUGCUGAACUCUAUCACCCACCCAGAGAUCCAUAAAGCAAUGCUCAAAGAGAUCCUGUUCUACUUCCUCAGAGGAUACCGCUAUGUGGUGCUGGAUGUGCCCCUUCUCUUCGAAACGAGGCGUCUCACUCAGUUUCUAAACCACACUGUCGUAGUUUACUGUGACCCUGCCACUCAGCUAUCGCGCCUGAUGCAGAGGGACGGCCUGACCCAGGAGCAGGCCGAGCAGCGCGUGGCUGCCCAGAUGCCCCUCAAUGAAAAGCGCGGCUUGGCCAAUCACGUUAUCGAGAACUCAGGCAGCCGAGAGGACACCCACCGGCAGGUCCUGCGGUUGCACACAAAGCUGGAGGACUCCAUGGACUUCCUCUUAGUGAGGGUCAUUGCUGUUGCAGCCACUGCUGGUCUAAGUGGGAUACUGCUUUAUGCAGCCAAGAUGUUUUUGUCCUAACAGAGGACAGAUGAUGGGAAGAGAGGUUUCUUUGGUGCAGGAUGUGGUCAAGGGUGUGAAUAGGAGCAGGCAAAGGCACAUCGGGGGUUCCGGUGUUUACUGUGAGAUUAGUUUCAUAGCGCCCACAACAGGUGUGACUUGCUCUGUUUGCAGUUAACACAGACUUACAUUAUCGACACAACAUGCACUGACAUACGUGGUUUGGUGUGAAGGGUUUCUAUGUGCAAUUUCUAUUUGUUUUUACUCUGAGACACUUAAACAAGGAGGGUGAUCCCUUCAGAAGCUCCCAGAUGCUCUUAACGGUGGUCGCAGUUUGGGGCCUAUAAAGCUGUUAAACUUUUCAUUUUGGUGCAUCUGCUUAAAAAUCAACUCUAACACAUGUACAAACUGAGAGAUUUUAUUUUGUUACACCUUUUACACCUUAUGAAAUUGACGUUUUGGGUGAUUUGUAUAGAUUGUAAAUACAAACACCGGACAGUAGAGAGAGCAGAUGAAAACGUUAGAAGGCUGUACGAACACAGACGUACGUCACAAACAAACUAUCAAUCCCCAGCCACGAAGAUUUUAAAAUUAAAAUGCUGUUUAGGAACGAUCUGACGCCCACAGAAUAUGUAACGAUUGUAUGCUAAUGAGCUGUAUAAUGAAGAUGUAUGACAGAAUGUAACUGACAAUCCAUUUUUAAUGGGAACAGUGUGAAUUAACAGACUUUAUAUGUAUCACUGUAUUUUCUUACACUUGAAGCUGUCCUCUGUAAAUACCAAGUGUGUGAUCUUUGUUUUUUUUGUUUGUUUUUUUCUGUCCACACUCACGUGUAACUAAACAUAACAUUUGUAACAUGUAGCUGCUUAAAUGAAAUAUAAAUGAUCCAAUACUACUGUUUUAAAGUA